AAUCAAACUACGGUUAUCAUCGCGCGGUCCCUAUAUGAUCAUUUCCUCGUUCUUCCGUCAUCAUGUGAGGAUAUUUAAUCAGACCAACGGUGGGUCAUGUCAAAAAUGAUUAUGUGAAAGUGUUACGGCAUGAACCAGGGAUGAUCCGCAUCCCGGCGUCAUGCUCCACGUCGGCCAUCUCCACACUUCCGACGGCUCCAACAGCCGCACCGGUUGGACACCGGCUUAUGCACUAGCAACGAGUGCAUUUUUGGAUGAUGUCUGUGCGCUCGGUGGAAGUGGGUCAGGGAAGAACAACGCCCUGCAGAGAGGCACCCACUCCGUGCGUCACGGCUCCGACAGCCGCACCGGUUCGACAUCCGCACAUGUACCAGCAACGAGUGCAUUUUUGGGUAAGUACUCGACUGUUUUUCACCCAGGGUCCAGGGAGGACCGACACCUUACAGAAAAGGACUCAAUCGAUGCCGCCAUUCAUUCAUCUAAAUGCGGCGGAGUUGUAGAGCCGGAAGGUGCUUCUGAUGAACAACUCUGUGGGGAUAUUUCAGUAUGGAGAUAUCACCGGAAGCGGAGAGGAGGCGUGCCAGUCGGACGGCCAGAAAGCGCCAUGGAUUGCGAGCCACUCAAGCCCAUGUCGCAGUCAGAAACUAUAUUGGCUGUUUCUUCAUCCCGACGACGAGCCUCUGCACGUUCUUCGCGCCCGUUGGAAAGACAAUUUGUGUGGGGGCCGACGGUGGUGUGCUAUGCGUUGUGUUAG